AUGGCGUGUGGUGAAAUCAUUGAUCUGGCAGCGGCGGUUUCCCACUUCGAACCCGUGCGCUUGUAUACAAGACCAGAAGAUAUUCCACUCGCGAAAUCAAUGCUUUCCAACACAACCCGAGGAUCUUAUGAGGUUGACAUCAUUCCCUUCGCAACCAAUCAUCUCUGGGUGCGUGAUACGGGCCCGGUCUACGUUCAAGGCACCACAGCAUCCUCAGAGAAACAGCGGGUUGCCAUCCACUUCGGAUUCAAUGAAUGGGGAAGGAAGGAACCUGCCGAGGGGUGGCCUCAAAUGACAGCCGAUCAGAUUGAGGAGAACCACACGUUUGGAAAGCGAGUGACGGACUCUGACAACGAUUCAUCCUCUUUGAUUAGUAUCACAUCAAAAUUGUGUCUGGAAGGUGGAGCGCUCGUAAGUGACGGGGAUGGCACCCUGAUCGUGAGCGAGAGCAGUAUUAUUGGCGAUGAGCGGAAUCCGGGGUUGUCGAAAGAGGAGAUUGAAGCCGAACUGCGGCGGCUCUUAGGGGUGGAGAAAAUUAUCUGGUUUCCAGGUUUCCGAGACCUGGAUGUCACGGAUGUCCAUGCCGAUGCUGAGGUUCAGUUUGUCCGGCCAGGGGUGAUAGUCAUCUCCCGCCCCUAUGCAAGCGCUCAAAAGGAAUGGCACGAGGUCUAUCAACAGGUCAUGGAUGUCCUACGCGGUGAACUAGACGCGAAGGGUCGCCCGUUCGAAGUCCACACGAUCGAUGAGCCAGAUGCGAAGUUGAUUCUGAAUUCGGCCUCGGGACACGAAGAGGAUCCUGCCACAAACUAUGUGAAUUUCUACUAUGUCAACGGCGGAGUGAUCCUUCCCAAGUUUGGCGAUCAGGAAAUGGAUAGAAGGGCAAUGGAGACGAUGCAACAGCUUCAUCCGGAUCGAGUUGUCAAGCAGGUCUAUGUCAAUGCGCUUCCUUUGACUGGUGGGGUGAUUCAUUGUGCAACUCAGCCCGUCAUUGAAGUUGAGUGA